GCUAUUCGCAGCAUUCAAUUGGGAGAAAUUAUUGAAGGAAAAGAUUCAAUUGAAACAGAUAAAAUGAUUGGACCAGAAUGCACAUUGAAACCAAAACACCCAAAAACAUUCUACGCCGAUCUCUGAGGAGGAUAAACCCCAUAUCCUUCAAUUGCCAUGGCAUUUCAUCUGUUACUGCCCUCACCCUCCUCCUUGUACCCUCCUAGCAGGUCUCUGAUCCCCAAAUCAACAUUUUCAUCCAGGAAACCGGCAAAUGGAUUGAUGAAGGUGGUAGCCAAAGUGCAGGUGGAUGAUGAACCAGAAACCCUAGGACUCAUUGGAAACACAGCAAUUGUGGGAGGCCUAAUUGCGAAUCCUGUGGUGGGAUGGUCUCUCUACACCUUGAAAACAACUGGGUGUGGGCUGCCCCCUGGUCCAGGGGGCUCCCUGGGUGCUCUGGAAGGCAUAAGUUUCUUGGUAGUAGUUGGGUUGAUAGGAUGGUCUAUUUAUACUAAAGUGAAAACAGGAUCAGGCCUACCCAGUGGGCCAUUUGGAUUGUUGGGUGCAGUAGAAGGCCUUUCUUAUCUCACCCUUGUGGGCAUUGCGGUUGUGUUUGGGCUGCAGUAUUUGGAUUAUGGAUACAUACCUGGUCCUACUCCUGGGGAACAGUGCUUUGGCUAAAUCAAGUUGAGAGCUCCAUAAGCUCGAGAAGCAACAGUGCGGAAAUGAACUGCUGUGAACCCUAACAGAAAAUAGCAGGUCUUAUCCUCUUGGCGAGUUCUGGAACGUAACCAUCGUACUCGGGGAGUUGUGGAACGAAAUUCUCGUUCAGAUAAAUGGGAUUUUGGGCUUUUUCAACAAUGGAUAUGUCGAUGUGUUCUAUUGAAACUUGGUAUAAAUACCCAAGAGAAGCGCGGUUUUAUGUGGUAUUGUAGAGAGGCACAUAACCACCAGCUACUGCUAAGCUAUCUAGAAAGAGGGAUGAUGAUGGAAUUUGCACCCCAAAUCCUGCUCUGGAGUGGCAAAACUUUUAGGGUUUCUAGUGCAUUAUAAGCCUCCCUUCUCUGACAAUUACUAGUAAUGUCAAAUAGUGAGAGUUUGCAGGGUGAGAUUGCAUGUAGUAUUUGCUUUUUGUGUUUCAGCAGUUCACUAUGAAGUUUCGAAAAAUCCACUAAUUGAGCUUUGAACUUUAACAUCCUAAUAAAUGUGGGGUUGUGUUUUAGCAUUAAGCCUUUUCAGCCCACAAUAACUUGUGGCAAACAACCAUUGUUCCAUAAUCUCUUAGCUAGCUUUAAAGUUGUGAGGUAGAAUUUGAGCAUUGGCCUCAGCAGCUCACAAUGAAUUUUGCCAAAAUACAGGCAAUAAUACUCUUGUUGAGACUUAAUCUUGGGCAUCCUUAAAAGUGUGGUAUGGUGUUUGAUCACUGAACCUCAUAAACUCACAAGAAUUUUUUCAUAAGAGGCAAAUGCUUGAUUCA